GGAAGCACACGUUUUGAUGACGUCAUUCUUCACAGGAAAUUCGUCCAUGUUUUCAUAGAUCGAUCAGAAUGAGAAUGCCUGAACCACUGUUGGUAUUCGGUGUCUGUCUACGACAAAACCUGACUUGCAAUCGUCGCUGUUGAGGCCAGACGGAACUAGAAAUUGAGGCAUGCCUUACCUACGGGACAAAGGCAGAUUUUUAUGGCUAAAUUCAGGGUUGACAAGACGUUGAUGGAUUGUUGACGUGGCGUCAUACUGUUAUUAUGAAUUGGGGAAUCCUCCGUCUCAACUCUAGGGUAAGACAAGGAUAUCUCACACUGGUAAAAGUGUGGAUACACCUGUCCAGGGUAUACAAUUGUCAGCGGAGUAAUUUCCAAUGGGAAAGUGUCAAUCUUGUUGUGAGACCCCUGGAACCUCGACCAGCUCUAGGUACUCCAGUACACCACGGUCAGCAUCCGCAGCAGGGACUUAUCGGGGCAGGGCAGGCUCCCAGCCCCAGGCCCUCAAUUCAGAUGCUGGGGGUGGGGAUGUCCUCAGUCAUCUAACCUCCAGCAGGCAGCCUCAACCAAUCUCAGACAAAAAAAUGUUCACACCAUACCCAAAACUACCGCCAAUCAAAAAACAUAGCAAUGGCGAUAACAAAAGAUUAUCUUUCAUAUCUAGGGACUACUCUGAAAGUAAGAUACAAACACUGUUUGAGCAAUACAAGGACCCAGGGGAGGAUGCAAUAUUAGCUGAAGGUAUAGAAAAAUUCUGUGCAGAUUUAGAUGUAAAUCCAGAUGAAUUUAUAGUGUUGGUGCUAGCAUGGAAGUUCCAGGCCAAGACAAUGUGCAAGUUUACAAGAGAGGAGUUUGUCAAUGGUUGCAAAGCAAUAAAAUCAGACUCCAUCAAAGGUAUUCAGAGUAAGUUUACAGACUUGUUAACAGAAGUAAAGGACAAGCAAAACUUCAAGGAUCUGUAUAGAUGGACCUACAAGUUUGGGCUGGAUGCAGAGUCGGGACAAAGAACACUUCCCAUUGAUAUGACAAUCAGUCUUUGGAAGCUGGUCUUCUCACAGACAGAACCCCCUAUAGUACAGCGGUGGCUUGAGUUUCUAGAUGUCCAUCCAAAUAUCCGGGGCAUCCCACGGGAUACCUGGGACAUGUUUCUCAAUUUCACUGAGCAGGUCGGUGACGACCUAGGCUCGUAUGAUGACACCGAAGCCUGGCCUAGUCUCUUUGAUGAUUUUGUGGAAAAUGAAAAUGACAGACAGAAUCAAAACGUAAAAACGCUAUAGUAUAUUAGCUGUUUGAACAUUCCAUAUUAUUAAAAAGGUUGCCAUUACAUUGCAUACAUUUAAUAUUGAGUCUUGUCAGGGUUUAGUGGGAUGCCUUUUGUUGAAGUCUAUACAUACAUGUUACCUUGCAAUGUUUGCUGUUUAAUUCUCUAAGUAGCUGUAACUUUUUUCUUAAUUGUAAUUAAACUUCAAAUGUGCAAUUUUAGCUGAUGAUAUUUUAAGAUUAAAUUUAUUUUUAUUAAGUUAUAACCUUCUGCAAAUAAAUAUUGUAAAUCACCAUAUUUUUGAGUGAACUAUAUGCCUAUAGUUUUUAUUCUUAAAUAAUUGAAAUCAUAAUUGAGAGGAUGUUAUUUCAAUUUUGAUAGUAAUUAUCUCUGGAAAUAUUAUUUAAAGAGUAGUUUCCUAAGAAUUAAUACAGAAAUAAGUGAUAUAAAGUAAUGACUAGUGGAUUAGGCAGCAUGCAUAAAUAGUACUAGUGGAGUAUAUUGAAUACAAUGUUAAACGCCCUAACAGCUAAUUAGUGGCUACCUGGUAUACAGUAACUGAUCAUGUUUAAGAUUUCAGCAGCAAUUAUGACAAAAAUUGGAAUUGUGUCACACAUAUAUUGAUUUGUAAAUUUUUGUUAAAUUUAUAAUGAAAAAAUGUACUGGAGAGCCCUUCAUGUAAUUUGUAAUAAUUUAUUGUUGUUGAUUUCCACAAUCGUGUUGACAUGUCUUUAUACAUCCGACAAUACUUCAGGAGCUAAAUGAAAAUAAUAAGUAAGUCAUCAUUCCAUGAGUGUGAUCAGGUUGGGUGUAACUGGUUUGGAACUUAAGCACCACUACAUCCAAAGCCACAGGUGUCAAAUAUGUUAAGAGAGUUUCUCAAAAUGGGAGACAUUCAAAGUCAUAUUUACUUCUUCACUGUUUUGGAGUAAACAGCUUUUAUGUUGACAUAAAAAAAUAUACUAGACACAUGCAAGUAACAGGUCAUAGAAAUUGUUCAGUGGUUAUAUUUAGCUUAAAACUCAUGAUAGUUGUCAGGGUUGGUGCUUAAGCCGUCUAGGCACCUUUUUUACACUCGAAUCAUGACAUGAAAAAAAUUAGGAAAUUUGAUCUGUUUCACAAAAUUAAACAAUGCAAAUUUGUUCUAGCAACAUAUAUAUGUCAAUUUGCUAUGAUAAUUUUGAAAAAUGUUGCAAAAAUUUAAGUGGUACACUGUAAUGGUGACUUGAUGUUGUGGUACAAUUAGGGUAGACAACAUUUGGAUGAAAUGCCUGAUUUUCUGAUAUAUACAGCACUUGUAAUACUGUAAAGGUUAAACCUCUCACUGUAAUAAUAUGACAUAUACAGAACUUGAAGUACUGUAUAGGUCAAACCACUCACUGUAAUAGUAUGACAUACUGUAAAGGUUAAACCUCUCACUGUAAUAGUAUGACAUACAGCACUUGAACUACUGUAUAGGUCAAACCUCUCACUGUAAUAGUAUGAUAUAUACAGCACUUGAAGUGCUGUAUAGGUCAAACCUCUCACUGUAAUAGUAUGACAUAUACAGCACUUGAAGUACUGUAAAGGUCAAACCUCUCACUGUAAUAGUAUGACAUAUACAGCACUUGAAGUACUGUAAAGGUCAAACCUCUCACUGUAAUAGUAUGACAUAUACAGCACUUGAAGUACUGUAAAGGUCAAACCACUCACUGUUGGUGCAGUGUCUAUGUAAUGUUUAGAUUGUUACAAGGGAUCACCAUGACUAUUCCAUUAUCAAAUUGCUCACUCAUGCUAAAGUACAUGUAUAACUUGUAGCACAGCUUCACCUAAUAUUUCUAUUUAAACAAAAUAUCAAUUAUGCAUAAAACUUAUUGUCUUUGGAUUAAUUUAAACAUUAUUGGAGAAGGACUGAUUUUGUUGUUUAAAGCUGAACAUCAACAGUUUUUACAUUGUCAAGGGAACACCUAGGACUUGUCAGCGUGGAUCACUCCCUCCCUCCCCUCAGUAUGUAGCUGUUGUAUAUAUAAGCAAACCAGUAAAUCUUUUCGGUAGCAAUAUUUCUUAACAACUGCCACUGGGGUCAAUGUCACAGUGAAUAAACAUAACAGUUACUUUAUGAAAAAACUGUAGGAUGUCAAUAAGAAAUUGGAUAGUACUUAUGUAGUACCUACAUACAUAGAUGACAUCAUAAUUUUUCAUAUCAUUUUGGUGUAAAAAUUAUUGCUCAUGAAUUUCUUAAAUUAAAUAAAUGAAUUGGAUCCAUCAUUAUUAUUUCAUUGUGUCAUACGUAUACCUAGGUGUUUCUGCCUUGGAACUAUAACAGAAGAAGAGGUUUAGGUUGUCUCCCUUCAGCUACCCCAGUUGUGGUGAUCAUUGGUAGCAUAAUCAAGGAUUUUGUUUUAGGACACAUAGCUUUUUGUACCAAGACAAGCCAUGCAGGUUAUAUUAUACUACACUUACAUUGAGCAGCUUCUCCUUAAAGCACAAGGUCAUUUCAAAGCCAGGUGGCCUGUAGAUUUAUGGCUUAUAUUUUUGAAAUUCCUUACAAAAGAUCAUGCAUCAGUAUUUCAUAAUCAGCAACUGUAUACCUGUAUUUUAAUAUAUCAUAGGAAAAUCAAAACAUGCAAUUUAACAACAACUCUUUUACAUAAGAGUCUCUGAGUGAGAAUAUUUUAAAACUGAUUUUAAUCAAUGCCAUUAAAUGAUGUGUAGUUAAACUUAUUGACUGUAGAUCUAGGUAAUAACCCAAGUCUCUGCUAUUGGUUGAUGUCUCCAUUCACUACCUACAUAUUCAUGUAUAUAUUCUGAUAUAUGAAUAUACAACUUGUGUUGUCCAUUACGGUACAUAUCUCACCUGAAUGUACAUGACAAUCCUUAUAGUGCUGUAACACUGUCGACCGUGUAAGAUACUGAUCAGCUAUACAGUACGUACACUGUAGUGUGAGUGUUUCCACUGACCCCACAGAGACAUGGGGAGGGAGGUUUAGUGUAGGCAUCACUCUAAUGUGUACAGCUAUACAGUACGUACACUGUAGUGCGAGUGUUUCCACUGACCCUACAGAGACAUGGGGAGGGAGGUUUAGUGUAGGCAUCACUCUAAUGUGUACAGCUAUACAGUACGUACACUGUAGUGCGAGUGUUUCCACUGACCCUACAGAGACAUGGGGAGGGAGGUUUAGUGUAGGCAUCACUCUAAUGUGUACAGCUAUACAGUACGUACACUGUAGUGCGAGUGUUUCCACUGACCCUACAGAGACAUGGGGAGGGAGGUUUAGUGUAGGCAUCACUCUAAUGUGUACAGCUAUACAGUACGUACACUGUAGUGCGAGUGUUUCCACUGACCCUACAGAGACAUGGGGAGGGAGGUUUAGUGUAGGCAUCACUCUAAUGUGUACAGCUAUACAGUACGUACACUGUAGUGCGAGUGUUUCCACUGACCCUACAGAGACAUGGGGAGGGAGGUUUAGUGUAGGCAUCACUCUAAUGUGUACAGCUAUACAGUACGUACACUGUAGUGUGAGUGUUUCCACUGACCCUACAGAGACAUGGGGAGGGAGGUUUAGUGUAGGCAUCACUCUAAUGUGUACAGCUAUACAGUUUUUUUAAUCAAUGUGGUUGACUUUUUAUCAAACUGUUUUUAUCAUUUAGUGAUAAAUGUUAUAUGAUUAUUAUGUUAAUUGCCUUAUGCUUACAUCUGUUGCUGUUUUUCUGCUCCUUAUGUAUGCAUGUUGUUGAUAUAUGAAGAAUCUCACCCAUAUUCCUGACACUUAGUCUGUUACAGUUUGUGGUAUAACCAAAUCAAGUAUAGAAAUACUUCAGUUCAAAAUUAAAAAACACUCCAUUCUGUAAAAAGUCACGAAAUUUGGAAUUAUUUCAGAUAAACGCUGAGCAUGAAGUCAAGAUCCCAAUUUUAUUGCAGUUUCUGAAAAGAGUUGGAAGAAACUUGUUUUAAAUCUAUGUGUUUCCUGUGACCUUAAAGACACUACGUAAACAUUUUAGUCUUGGUGACUAGUUGAAUUCACUAGUCCUUCUUCACAGUUAUUGGGUUCAAUAUCUGGCUACUGUAGUUAUAAUAUACCCAGCACUAAGUAUUCACCUAGACGAUCAGAGAUCUGGCUACUGUAGUUAUAACAUACCCAGCACUAAGUAUUCACCUAGACGAUCAGAGAUCUGGCUACUGUAGUUAUAACAUACCCAGCACAAAGUAUUUUACUGAACUAGGUAGCUGUCAUGGACAUCAAAUCUUCCUAGUGUAAAGGAAGUAGGGUGAUAUCGCAGAAAACUUUGCAACCAACACUCAGUAUUCCUGUAUUUUCAGCUUUCUGGAAAGGUAUAUAUAUUUACCAGUUAAUGUAACAGCCAAAUGGUAGUAUAUAUAUUUACCAGUUAAUGUAACAGCCAAAUGUUAUUCUGAUCAGGACCAAUUGGACUAGAUGAUAAUCUUUCUGAAAUGGACUACUUUCUGACUAGAGGACUAGUACAGAACCCUGAGGAGGGGAGGUUAUCCCUAACCUAGUGUGUACAAACAGCCUUAGGUGGAUGUACCUAGCAAUUGUGUUACAGUUAUGAUGUUUUUAUUAUCAGCUUGAUUGAUAGGUUAUGUUAUCAGCUUAUCAUUGAUUUUCUCAGAUUGUACUGUUUUAACCUGUGACUGUAAGGUAAACAACUGUUUUGGUACAAGUGGAGCACUGCUUGCUAUAAGCCUGUCAAUAUGCACGUAACUUCAAUUAAGAAGAUAAGGUGAAAUGUAAUUUUUGAGAUAAAAAGUGGCAUGUAUCUUAACUCACAAGACUGUUCAAGGGGAACAGAUAUAAAUGUUGUUGUGUGACUAUGAUAGAACCCCUCAUCCAUUGUCCCAGUACUCUUUUGUACACUCAACUAUGUGCUGUAGAGGGACCAAUAUGUUUUGCCCUAAAUGUUGUGCCUUUCUGUACAUAUGUUUUCAAAAUAUUCAAACAUGACAGACAGCUGAGGAGAUGCAGAUAAAAUGUAUUAUGUAAAAUGGUUGAGACAACUUUUAUUUUACUCUCUAAGAAUGGAUAGGUAAUUUUUUUUAACGAAGUUUUAUUUCUUGUAUGAUUUGAGAGGUUUAUAAACCCACAUUCAAUCAUUGAAAUUAAUUACAUUAAAGGAACAAGAAAAAAGUCAUGGCUAGCUCUUUUAACUGAAUAGUGUUGUCGUCAUCAAUACUGAAAAUUGUUAGUAUUCCUCAACCUAAUGACUGACGACAGAGUAAACAAUAUCUUACUAGGAAGAGAAGGAAAACAUGAGUUUUCAGGUGGUUCUGGUACUAUUGCUGAGGUAGUGCCUUACAAACGCAAUUUGGUCUGAAAACACAAUUUUAUAGUUAGACUACGCUGAGCAGAUCACCAUCAGUCAUCCUUAUUUUGUGGGAUCGAACAAAGAGGAUAACAACAAAACAAUUCUUGUGCCAUUGUAUUAAAAUAUUAUUUUACUGAAGACAUUGUUUCCCUCCUAUCAUUGUGAGUUGACCUUUAAUCAAGUACAGACUAUCCUCUUUUGGUAACGCACAGGAGACAAGGUUAUGUUUCAAAACCAGCAGAGAAACAGAUUUCUGCUAAUGAAUGAUAUUUCUCACAUAGAAAUGCAGCUGUUGGCAUUGUUUAUACUGUAGAUAUCAGCUUCCCUAUACAUUUUAUGAUCAAUUAAUGAAAGUGAGAUUUGCACAAGUAUGAUUGGUUUGUAGUAAUGGAUACAUACAACUUCAUGUUGUGUCAUAUCUACUGUAGGAGUUGUCGAGUAACUGUGUACUGGAUACAUACAUACAACUUCAUGUUGUGUCAUAUCUACUGUAGGAGUUGUAGAGUAACUGUGUACUGGGUCCACAUCUGUACCUAGAUCAACUAUGGAAAUUAAUGAGGCCAUGGCUACCAUUGCCUAAUCUUAACGAGAAUUUUUAUCUUUUUCCAAAUUCAGGUCAGUCCUUUGGAGAUUGAAAAUAUUAGUCACACAGAUCUUCAAGUGUUGAAAUGUGUGAAUAAUUCAUUUGAGUCAGAACUUUCAUUUUCAUUUCAAAAGUAAAUUUGGACAAUUCAUAUGAAUUUACCCUGUUCGUUAUUUCCCAUUUUUUUUUUAUAGCAUAAACAUUUUAGAAAUAGAAUGUUUCAUGUUGAUUGACUGAAACAUUACCUAUCUUGUCCUAUAAAGCUUUUACUUAUUUUAUGAAAAAUGUUUUACAUGCAGUUUUUAGUGGAAAGACAUGUAUUUUAAACAAAGGUCAUCCUUCAAUGUAAACUUUUGGAAAAUUUGAGUCCGAAGUUAAGUUGAUUAUGUUGAGGUUUUUUGGGCCUACAUUAUGAGGUGGGUGUAUGAAUGCCAAGUGUUGUUUAAUAUAUAUAUAGUUCUGUGUCAAACACAGACUUAAAGGCUAUACUGAGCUUUAGAUAUCCUGGUUUGUAUAGACACACAGUGUGAUAGUUCUAGCUUGAGUGACAUAUAUCAAUAUGGAUUCUAGUCAUCUUAUACCCAGUUUGAUUUAGUAAUUAUUUCUACCUUUUAGACGUGUCCAAUAACAAUGCCCUGUAGAUCUGUUUUAAUUUGCUGCUCAACUUGGGCAUUAUGCUAUUGAGAUGACAUGGUUUUCUUAGUUUAUUUUUCAAAUUCAUUGACAAUCAUGGAUAAAGAACUUGUGUACCAAUAAACAAUUGUGAUAAAGCGGUAAAAAAAACUUAAAGUGAACCCUCUCAUCUAUCUCCUCCUGUCACCUGUGGUGGCAUUUUCCAAUCGCAGAUGAUGGAUUGCUGUAAUAAUGCCAUUCCAUAAGAUUAAUGAAUGAAUUUGUAACUUGUAUUGAUUUCUCCCCCUAAGUCGUACAUGUUAAGUAUUUACAUACAGUAGUUUUGUAGGUUGAUUAACAACCUUUCAAAGCAUGAAGGCUUCCAACACGUGUAGUGGCCCUGUAUGUCAAACACAAGUUCCUUAUCCAGGACUGAACGUCGUGCCAUGUGCCUAGACCAUAGUAAUGGGGCUGCUUGAGUUACCCCAGACAUACCAUAAAGUUUUAAUUUGCAUAAUAGUAUUCUUUCUUGUUUGAAAAAAGGUAAUAAAUUGCUAUGUUGAUCUCAA